UUCUUUUUCAGUUUUUGAGUUUUUUCCUUUAGUUUAACCCUCUGCUUGAUAAGAGAUAUCUAUAAAGAGUAUAAAUACACACAGCAGCAGAUGUCAGAAUGUGUUUAUCUACUUUAUGUUCUACUUUUGUCUUGGGCAAAUUAAAGUACAUACUUCAAACAUAAAUUUCAUGCUAAGAGAAGAAGAACCUGUUAUAAUUGUUGUGAUAUUUGCUGAGGAAUCUUUCAGAAGAAAAUCGUUGCACCAGACCUAAUAAAUUUUUUAAUUUACAGUCAAAGCUGGAGAGAUUGGUGCUCUGUGGUGAAACAUACAUGAUACUAAACUUUACCUGUCAGUUAGAAAAAGAAAAAUCAUUGCUAUUUGCUAAAUAAUUCAUAUUAAAACUGAAACAACUGUCACAACUUGACCUCUCUACUGUUUGAGUUCUGAAUAAUAACUAGAGGCGUCUCCAAGACAUUACAUAAACACAGUCCAUCCCAAAAAUUAAGUACAGACAUUGGUAAAAGCCCCAGAUAUUAGAUUAUAAAAACAGCUUUUUCAACGUGACAUACCAAGUUUCACAGAUAAAUGCGCCUUUUAUAUAAGUUGUUCUGAAUGACUGACAAAUUAAAACCCUAAUGUCUGAUCAGUAACUAGAAGGGAACAUUCGCCUGUAAGACUCUACGCAGGGCUUAUUAGCCCUCCGCUCUGCCUGCGCCAACGCCGCCUUUAUGCUCCAACAUAAUGAGCCGCUUUGGAUUUUAUUUCAUUUUUCUCUUCUUGUUAAUCAAAAGCCCGAGUGUGAUUUUAUUCCUGUGUUUCGUCAUUUAUGUUUACAUCCAUUACAGAACCCGCUAGGGAAGGAAAAAAAGCAGCUGAAUCUGGUCGAUGCAGGCAAAGUGAUGAGGAUGUAGGUCGUUUCGUCCAGCAUCCGUCUCAUUUAUUUACAAACACGUCACGGAUCUCUCGUCCUUGUCUCUGCGAGGAUGGCGUCAGACCCAAGUGAUGGACUGUGCUGUUCCUGUCCCGGAGGUCGAUACCAAAAACCAGGUCAGACGGGGGUGGUACCUCACCGGGCAGCGAUAAGACCCGCAGGAUGCUUGAUAAGAGAUGACUAUAAAGCAGAGACACAGAGCUGUGCAGACAGAGGGUAGGACCCAAACCAACUGCUCUUCUUUGACACAGAUUUAUCUUCAUCCUAAUGGGUCUCAUCCUGUCUGCCUGGCUGAACGGCCCAGCAGCUGACGGAGUCCCCUCUUCUUCAUCAGCUUUCAUUCCGCUGGCCGUCCCAACCUCGUCCAGAGUCGCCCUCAUCCUGAACUCCUCCGCAGUGUCUCCAGGAGACAGACGCUCACACUGGAGCUCGCAGCACCACUCUCCUCACUUCCAGCUCUCUCAGUGCAAGCAGGAAGUGACACGCGCACCUGCCGAGCUCAGCAGCGAUGGGGUCAGGGCCGAGGUGGGGGUGGAGAGUGGGCUCCAUGUGUGGGAGGUAACUUGGAACCCUGAGCACAGAGGAAGUCAUGCAGUCAUAGGAAUUUCGAGGCAGGACUGUCCUCUGCAAGACUCGGGUUAUAAAGUUCUGGUGGGUGGAGAUUCCCUGUCUUGGGGAUGGGAACUACAAACCAAUCAGCUCUGGCAUCGUGGAGAAACUCUGGCGUGUUUUCCGUGUGAAAGGAGGGGGUCUCUUAGAUUGAAAUCCUCAGACUCACUGCACAGCAAAGAGACAGAUGCACCUCUCCUUAUUCCUGAACGCGUCCAGCUGGUCCUGGAUGCUGAUGCAGGGACUCUGGGGUUUGCUGUCCAUGGCAGCUUCCUGGGUGUUGCAUUCAGGGACCUUCCUCCUGGAGUGGAACUGUUCCCAGCAGUAAGCAGCGUGAGAGGAGGAGCACGGAUUGUAUUGCGCUAUCUGAAUGGAACUACACGUAAUCCUCCUGCCCUGAAGGCUCUGUGUGGACUAUCAAUUCUGCAGAAUUUAGGGCAACAAGGGCAGAACCAAGUGGACAAACUGCCUCUACCACCUUUACUCCAACACUACCUGCUUUCCUCUUUCUAAUUCCCUUGCACAUUUACAUGCAAACGCUUUUGCAUUUUCUGUUAAAUACAUUUGUUUGUAUUGUUUGUACAAUACAAGCAAGUUGUUUGUACUGUAUUGUAUCAACUAUUUAUUGAUAGUUUUAUAAUUGAGAAACUCACUUUGGAUAAUGGUAUUUAAAAACCUUCACACAAGCCUGAUAAGGACUCCUUCAACUACAAACACAUGUAAAUAGUCUGAAUGUUUGUUUUAUUAAACCAGACUUGCGGAUACAUAAACCUUU